UGUUCUUCAAAGAAUCUGUUCACAGAACUGAGCCGAAAGGAGGAGAGAAGAUCUGAGAGCCGGGUUUCUUGGAAAGGGAAGUCCAGAAGCCCACAAGAGGCCCUGCAUGGUCCAGCUUCUGUGUAAGACUUGGCUGCAGUAAGGUAGAGAAAAAGAGCUUGAAAUAAGCAAGUUUUCCAGGAAGUAUACAGAGUUUCCUGCAUCUUCCCUCUCCUGUCUCCUGUAGGAAAGCUGUGUGGGGAAUCCAAACCGUUUGAAAGAUGUCAGCCAAGCAGACAGAGCCAGUCACUGUCAUUAGCCUUCGGGAGCUGAACCUAGGGACCUCAGAGCCACAGUCGAGAGAGUCAAAGACGUUCACUGUGGAAGAAGCAGUGGAGACCAUCGGAUUCGGACGCUUCCACAUUGCCCUGUUUCUGAUCAUGGGCAGCACGGGGGUUGCCGAGGCCAUGGAGAUCAUGUUAAUAGCGGUUGUGUCUCCUGUCAUCCGCUGUGAAUGGCAGCUGGAGAACUGGCAGGUGGCAUUAGUGACCACGAUGGUGUUUUUUGGCUACAUGGUAUUCAGCAUCCUCUUUGGCCUCUUGGCUGACAGAUACGGCCGCUGGAAGAUUUUGUUCAUCUCGUUCCUGUGGGGAGCUUACUUCUCCUUGCUGACUUCAUUCUCUCCAUCGUACAUCUGGUUUGUCUUUCUGCGGACCAUGGUGGGCUGUGGCGUGUCUGGCCAUUCACAAGGGCUAAUCAUAAAGACUGAAUUCUUGCCUACAAAAUAUCGAGGCUACAUGCUCCCCUUGUCUCAGGUUUUCUGGUUGGCCGGCUCCCUGCUCAUCAUUGGCCUGGCCUCUGUGGUCGUCCCCACCAUCGGGUGGCGCUGGCUUAUCCGCAUUGCCUCCAUCCCUGGCAUCAUCCUCAUCAUGGCCUUCAAGUUUAUUCCUGAGUCUGCUCGGUUCAAUGUCUCCACUGGGAACACUCCGGCUGCCCUGGCUACGCUGGAACGCAUUGCCAAGAUGAACCGCUCAGUCAUGCCAGAGGGGAAGCUGGUGGAGCCCAUCCUGGAAAAGAGAGGAAGAUUUGCAGACCUGUUAGAUGCUAAAUAUUUACGGACCACGUUACAGAUCUGGGUCAUAUGGCUGGGCAUCUCUUUCGCCUACUAUGGGGUCAUCCUGGCCAGUGCCGAGCUGCUGGAGCGGGACCUAGUCUGUGGCUCGCGGUCCGAGUCCGAGGUGGCCGUGACUGUGGGGGUCUUGGAGGAGAGCCAGAGCCCCUGUUACUGCCACAUGUUCGCCCCCUCCGACUACAGGACCAUGAUUAUCAGCACCAUUGGCGAAAUUGCUCUGAAUCCUUUAAACAUCCUGGGCAUUAAUUUCCUGGGGAGACGGCUGAGCCUUUCUAUUACCAUGGGAUGUACAGCUUUAUUCUUCCUGCUCCUCAAUAUUUGCACCUCAAGUGCCGGCCUCAUCGGCUUCCUCUUCAUGCUGAGGGCUCUGGUGGCAGCCAACUUCAACACCAUCUACAUUUACACCGCUGAGGUCUACCCCACGAUGAUGCGUGCUUUGGGGAUGGGGACCAGCGGCUCCCUGUGUCGCAUUGGAGCAAUGGUGGCACCAUUUAUAUCCCAGGUUCUUAUGAGUGCAUCGUUCCUGGGGGCCCUCUGUCUCUUCUCGUCUGUCUGUGUGGUAUGUGCCAUUUCUGCAUUUACUCUCCCCAUUGAGACUAAAGGACGGGCCCUACAGCAAAUUAAAUGAAGAUCUGCAAAUCUAUGUCUACCAAAGAAGAGAAACGUAUUUUUAUCUUCACAAAGAGCUGUGGCACAUUUAAAAACACCUGGUUUAAUUUUGGUAUACUACUUGGUAGUUAAGAAAUUGAUCAUGUAUUUUUGAAAAACAACAUGAGCAUGAAAUAAGUUAGCUGUAUAUAUAGUCUCUUAGGGAAGAGAUCAAUAGAGAAGUUUCAUAAAAUAUACAUUAAGGUUGGUGAGGGAUAUCUAGGAGAGAUGGGGAGGGAGAAGCUGGCUUUCAUUGCUUGGCAUCAAGUCUGUUCAUGUUUCUAUGAAUAUGUAAUAAGUAUCAGACAAAACCUAUACUUGAUAUUCUCCCAUGAGGUAUACAGCAAAAGCUGUACUGAAAUUUUGUAGCUAGGACAUGAGUUUGAGGUGGUAUCAUUAAGCCUUUCAAAACAAAUAGAAGUCAUCAAAUUCACAAUUAAAAUUAGCAUACUUAAAUUGUGACCUCCAUACUUUAUAAUGAAAAUUACUUAUUCAUAAAAGAAUGUGCUUAAAUUCAUUGCAGUCUUGUGUAUAUAAUAACCAAGUAGCUGGGAAUAAACUUUUCCCCAGACAUUCUAUUUUGACUCUAAUUUCAUUAGAGUAUAGCAAGCUUUUCUACAUGAUGUAAUUAUAUAUCUUUGGAGAACAACCACUUGCAUGCAUAUCAUACCUGUGCACAUAGGUAUGCUGUGGAAGAAAAACACCCAUGUUUUUACAUUUAGUCUUUUGUUGCUCUUUGGAUUUAUGGUAGACGACUUAAAAGUGAAAUCCAUACCCAAUGACUUAAAUCCCCUACUCCUUCCAACCCCAUUUUGCAAUGGAAAAAAAAAAAGAAUUUGUUGCUACAAUGAUGAAGUGUCCCUGGACUAGCGAACUACGUGUAUGCAAAUCAUUCCUAUUUGAACUAUAGGCACAAAUGGCUUGAAGUCAGGAAACUGACUAUAAAGGGCCAGAGAGUAAACAUUUCAGACUUUGAGCUACAUAUGGUCUCUGUCAACAGCCCUCGCCAGCCUUUAAAAAUGUUAACAUUAUUAGCUCUCAGGCUGUAUAAAAGGAGGCCAUAGGCUGAAUUUGGCUAACAGGCCAUAGUGGUUUUUCUGAAGUAAGUUUGAAAGCUCAAGAUGGAGCCACUUCUGCCCAGGUGCCAUGUCAGCAAACCAAAACUUAAAUAACCUUCAUGUCCCUGUAAAUGGUCCGCUUGACCAGAAACACGGUACAUCCAGUUGGCCAGACACCAAGCCAAGUGUGGCUCUCUACUCACCUCCUUAUUCCUUAUUUUUUAUCCUCCUGCCAUCAGAUCCCCUUUGCAGUUCUUUGGGCCCCUGCAAGUGGAGAGUGCCUGCUUCAAGUGUCAAAGUUUGUUUGAGCAUCUGUAACAGUUUCUGGUGGGGGAGGAUGGAAUCCCAAGCUGACUUCCAAUGGACUGUGGGACAAGAUGCAUAAGCAAAGAGCCCACUGAACAAUUUGCGUUGUUUUUCUCAUCAUAACCAAGGGCAAGCCACUUAGGGAUCUGAGCUCCAACCCCUUGUACACAGUUCUGAUCCAAACAAACUUUAUGUAAGGGGAAAAGUGCAUUUGUGUAUACUUAUUUCCCAGAAAAGUUCCAAGACAGCUAUAUUGGGAACCCACAAUGGGUGGCAGCCAUUAGGGGAUGCAUAAAGAGAAGUCCACAGCAAAAAGUGUGGGGAGACUUGGAAAAUAAGAAAUCAGAACUGUUUGAAUUAAUGGCACAACAACAUCUAAGUAGCACAAGUCAUACUCUUAAAAGUCAUUCGGGUGACUGCCGCUUUUAUAAAGAAAUUUUCUCAUUUAAAGAUUAAAUAGAUCAAUUGCUAAGGGGAAUCUUGAAGCCAAAGAUGUAAAACUGGUGAGCAUGGAUCAAACACUUGAAAGAUUUUAGAGUGCUUCCCACCUAAAUCUAAGACUCAUGUGCUUAGAUGGUCAUGGAAUGGGUUAGAUUGACACUAGGACACCUGACAACCUCAAGAAAAAUUCUGUGCAACAAAGUACACUGUAAAAUACCACCAGAUCCCCAACCUCUUACAUAGUCAUCUGGUUCCCAAAGACCCAAGGCUUACCUAAGAAUCGAGAUCCUUGAGUUUCAGAAAAUCGAGCAAUCCACCUUCUGGCACACCUGCUUAUUUUGUCAUAGUAAUUGUGGUCCUGCAUGGAAGCAACCUAGAUGCCCAUCGGCAGAUGAAUGGAUAAGGAA